AUGGCGACAGUGGUCCAACCGCUCACACUGGAUCGAGAUGUUGCCCGGGCCAUUGAGCUGCUGGAGAAGCUGCAGGAGUCAGGUGAUGUUCCCGGCCACAAGCUCCAGUCUCUGAAGAAGGUCCUUCAGAGUGAGUUCUGCACAGCCAUCAGAGAGGUGUACCAGUAUAUGCAUGAAACAAUUACAGUGAAUGGCUGCCCGGAGUACCAGGCGAGAGCCACGGCCAAGGCCACGGUUGCAGCCUUCGCAGCCAGCGAAGGUCAUUCCCACCCUCGGGUGGUGGAGCUGCCCAAGACGGAGGAAGGGCUCGGCUUCAAUGUGAUGGGCGGCAAGGAGCAGAACUCCCCCAUAUACAUCUCCCGUAUAAUUCCCGGGGGAGUGGCCGAACGGCACGGCGGCCUGAAGCGAGGGGAUCAGCUACUGUCUGUCAACGGUGUGAGCGUUGAAGGAGAGCAUCACGAGAAAGCGGUGGAGCUGCUGAAGGCGGCCAAGGACACCGUCAAGCUGGUGGUCCGCUACACCCCCAAGGUGCUGGAGGAGAUGGAGGCCCGCUUCGAGAAGCUGCGCACGGCCCGGCGGCGUCAGCAGCAGCAGCUCCUGAUGCAGCAGCAGCAGCAGCAGCAGCAGAACCUGUCCUCCCAGCAGAACCACAUGUCGUAG